AUCGGCAAGACGGCCCGCCGUGUCCACGUUGCCUUUGCCUUCACGAGCCCCAAGUGCAAUGUCGUGACUGCUGGAAAGGUCGCACUCGCAUCCGGAUAUCCGGAUACGGCGCCAAAAGACGCGUGAUUGGGCAAACACGGCGUCUCGAACGCGCAGCGCUUGUUCCGGCGGAACGCGCGGUGCCAAGAGCAUUCGAUUGCGUGCGCUUAGCCCCACGUGGCCAACCGGCACAGUCGGUUCGAUAGCUCUCGACUAAACCUACGAGCUUGCUGCCCAGCGCCAAAGCCCACUGCUACUGGCGUCAGUAGCCGCGUGCACAUCCCACUCCGCCGCCGCCGCCCCACUCCAGCAUGGCGAUCACUUUGAAACUUCCCCGCAUGGCGCCGGUGCCGGAGUCGCACCGCCUCCUCAAGCCGUCGGCCACGCCGGCGUAUGCCUCUGUGCGCGCGACGAGCCCGACCGCCGACGACGACGCGUACGACCGCGACUGCGAGCGCGGCGUGCCCAUCGUGCUCCGGCACUCGGCGUCCGGGCUCUACUCGCCGACGCACAAUGCCGCGCCGCGCAUGUUUCCGAUGGCGUCGCACGCGUCAUUUGGCAUGCUCGUGGCCAUGACGUUCAUGACGCUCUUCAUGUCGGUCGUUGGCGCUGGCAUGCUCAGCCUCCCGUACGCCUUUGCGACCGCGCCGUUUUGGCUUGUGCUAUCCAGCUUGGUGUACGUCGGUCUCUCGAUGGCGUUUAGCGCCGACACGCUUCUGCGCGUCCACAUUGCCACGUCCCUCUCGACUUUCAACGCGCUUGCGUACGCCGCGCUGGGUCCGUGGUUUUGUCACGUCGUGUCGCUCAGUACGAUCCUCGCAGUCUUUGGCGCGUGUGUCGGGUGCCUCGAGAUCGUGCACGACCUUGCGCCGUUCUUGCUUGCGCUCGUCGGUGUGCCCGCGUCGCAGCAUGCGCCGACAAUCGUGCUCUGUGUCUUUGUCGCCAUCAUGUACCCGCUCACGUUGCUCAAGAAACUCACCGCGCUUCGCUUCUCGAGCUACAUUGGCUUUGGCGCGUCGCUCUACCUUGUGGUUGCCAUCUGCGUCGCAAAGGCGCAGCGCCCAACCGCCGUGAUCUCGCCCAAGACGGAGACGCCGCCGGUCGUGCUCACGACCGCGCACCUCAUGUCCAUGUUCAACUACGCCUUUGUGAUGCACCUCAACGUCAUUCCGCUGUACGACAAUCUGCGACAAGCGACGCACGAAAGCCGGCACACGCCCGGCGGCAGCUUUAUCUACCCGGACGCCUCGAAAGUCAUGACGCGCAUCGUGUUUGCCAUGUCGACGGUCUGCGUCGUUAUGUACAGCCUCUUUGGCUACAAUGCACAUGCCAUGUACGGCGACGCGACGAACGGCAACAUUUUGCUCAACCUCGAAGGCGAAGCGCUCAUGGCCCUCCCGCGCGUCGCAGUACUGGCGACGAUCCUCUUUUCAUUUCCGCUGAUUUACCACCCGCUGCUCAUGCUCUGCGAGUCGUUCACGAUGCAUAUUGUCUACCAGCAGCACCCAACGUCGCCGACAGUCCACGCUGCGUCGCGCCCAGCCCGCGCGCUCGCGUCAAUUGCGCUCAUGGGCUUGCUCUUGUUUGUGGCGGCGGUCAUGCCCGGCAUUCAAGUGACCUUUUCGCUCACAGGCGCGAGCUGCGUGACGCUCAUCUGCUACGUCUUUCCUGGCGUGUGCUACCUCAAGCUCGUCCCAGACGCGCCAAUGUGGCGCAAGGUCGUUGUCGCCGGCGUCAUGGUCGUCGCGUCGGUCGUCGGCGUCAUUGCAACCGUCCUCGUUUGUUCAGGAACUGCGUUUUAGCUUCUCACUUCUCGAGCUUUUAUCUAACUAUCAAAAAUCCCACCUCGUUUUGACCUGGUC